ACUGGGAGGCAGCGGGGACGAGCAGGGGCCGGGUGGCCCCUCGCUGUGUGGCGGCGAGCACCGGGCACCAGCUGUACCAGUGGGCACCGGGUUCCAGGCUCUGUCCUCCCUGCAGUCCCCCCGGUCCGGAUGCCAUCACCCACGUCCCCGGCCAUGUCCGUGUCGAGCCCCUCAGACCCGGAGAGCAGCCCCCUCAUGCUGCCGGGACCCCGGGUCCCCAGGGAGGACGACGCGGAGCCCGGGGAGAAGAAGGUCUGUGCCGUGUGUGGGGACCAUGCCACCGGGUACCACUUCCACGUCAUGACCUGCGAGGGCUGCAAGGGCUUCUUCAGGGUCUCACAGCUCCCGUGUCCCCCCAGGCGCUCCAUCAACAAGGGCGUCCGCUUCACCUGCCCCUUCGCCCGGAGCUGCCCCGUCACCAAGGCCAAGCGGCGGCAAUGCCAGGCCUGCCGCCUCCAGAAGUGCCUCGACAUGGGCAUGCGGAAGGACAUGAUCAUGUCGGAGGAGGCGCUGCAGCAGCGACGGGCACUGCGGGGGCAGCGGCGGUUGGCACGGGAGCAGCCAGGGGGGCUGACGGCAGAGCAGCAGGAGCUCAUCAGCAUCCUCAUUGCGGCCCACCAGCGCACCUUCGACUCCAGCUUCUCCCAGUUCACGCACUACCGGCCCGCUGUGCGCCUCUACGUCCCCAGCCCACGGCCGCAGAGCCCGCCAGAGCCGGGCGUCCCUGCCCCGUGGCCGCCAUCCCCACAGCUGGACUGCCUGGAUGAGGAUGUGCUGCCCGACGUCUUCUCCAUGCUGCCCCACUUCGCCGACCUCAGCACCUUCAUGAUCCAGCAGGUCAUCAACUUUGCCAAGGAGAUCCCAGCUUUCAGGACUUUGCCUAUCGAUGACCAGAUCUCGCUGCUCAAAGGGGCCACCCUGGAGAUCUGCCAGAUCCAGUUCAACACCGUCUUCAAUGCAGAGACCAACGCCUGGGAGUGCGGGCAGCACUGUUACACCAUCCAGGACGGAGCCCUGGCUGGAUUUCAGCAGAUCUACCUGGAGCCGCUGCUCAAGUUCCACAUCAGCCUGAAGAAGCUGCAGCUGCAUGAGGCUGAGUACGUCCUGCUCCAGGCCAUGCUGCUCUUCUCCCCAGACCAUGCCGGCAUCACCCAGCGGGACUUCAUCGACUGCUUCCAGGAGAAGGUGGCCCUGACGCUCAAGAGCUACAUCGACCACCAGCACCCCAUGCCCGAGGGCAGGUUUCUCUACGCGAAGCUACUGCUGCUGCUGACGGAGCUGCAGACGCUGAAGGUGGAGAACACGCGGCAGAUCCUCCACAUCCAGGACCUGUCCUCCAUGACGCCGCUGCUCUCCGAAAUCAUCAGCUAGAGCCCGCACUGAGCCCUGGCCCCUGGCUGCAAGCACCAGGGCUCACCAGCUACCACGGCACUUUACAGGGCAGAGUAAAGCUCCUUUAUUUUUCCAGG